GCUCGGCGAGCAGUACUACCGGGACGCCAUGGAGCAGUGCCACAACUACAACGCCCGGCUCUGCGCCGAGAGGAGCGUCCGCCUGCCCUUCCUGGACUCGCAGACCGGCGUGGCCCAGAGCAACUGCUACAUCUGGAUGGAGAAACGGCACCGAGGGCCAGGUUUAGCCGCAGGGCAGCUCUACUCGUACCCCGCGCGCCGCUGGCGGAAGAAACGGCGCGCUCAUCCUCCGGAGGACCCGAGGCUUUCCUUCCCCUCCAUCAAACCGGACGCAGAGCAGAGCCUGAAGAAGGAAGGGCUCAUCUCGCAGGACGGCAGCAGCCUCGAAGCCCUCUUGAGGACCGACCCCCUGGAGAAACGGGCCCUCCCGGACCCCCGCAUCGACGACGACAGCCUGGGGGAGUUCCCCGUCACAAAUUUCAGGAGAAGGGAACGGAUCCUGGAGCCGGACGACUUCCUGGACGACCUGGACGACGAGGACUACGAGGAAGACACGCCCAAGCGGAGA